AUGAGUGCACAGUUGCUCGACCACCAGGGAAAAGACGGGAAAUCCUACGGGGCGGUGGCUAUCUCCUCGCCGCGCGUCGAUCUCAACAGCAAGGAACUGUCUUGGCAACCUUCUAUUCGUGACUUACCCGCGGCUCGUCCCACGCGAACCAACAGCUGCGACAACGCUGGCAAGGCAUUCACAGCGUCAGGCAUGCCUCCUGUUACACCGGCAGCAGCCUCGCCGCAACGUAUUCCACGGACUCACCGCUCUUGGGUCACUGUUCGUGUUGUCUCGGGCAUCAUAAUGUUUUCGAUGAUCGGGAACAUAAUACGGAUCGAACUAGAAAGAUACAUCAUCCAGCUCGAUGCGAGGCAAGGGAAUAUCAAAAGCUCCAUGUAUCCCUCCAUCCUAGCGAAUCUCCUUGGCUGUUUUAUCAUGGGUCUCCUCUACGAAUGCAGGGGUUUCCUGGAGAGGCAUCUGCACGGCAUCCUUUCCUUCCCCAGCAUGCCCGACGCUUCCUCCCUCUACGUGGCCAUCACCACCUGGAUGUGCGGGAGCAUUACCACCUACAGUGGAUGGAACAGCGUGGUUGCGCAUCGCAUGGUCUAUGACUCCUUCACCUAUGGUAUCUUCAGCGCCAUGACCGGUGCUGCCACGGCCUACCUGGCCUUACUCCAUGGCAUGGACGUGGGUAGUGGCUUUACCCGCGUCCAACUCGUCGAGGACACAGACAAGAAAGCCUCGCCUCCCUCCCUCCCUUCCCCCCCCGCGGACAGCUCCUCCCUCUCCAUUUCUGUGGCGUCUCCCCGUCAGUCACCCUCUGGACUGACACAUCUACCAUCCGGCCCCCUUCCGGAGGAGGAGGAGGAGGGAGAUUUGCUUGAAAGGGACGAGGAAGCCGCGGCAGAGGAAGAGGAGAGCAGGAGGAGGAUGUGGGGUGCGCGUCGUGGGAAAAGGAAGGAGAGGAGGAGUGAGGAAGGGAGAGGGACUUCUGGCGGUAUGACGUGGUUGACGGCAUGGCUGGGGCUUAGGAGGGGGAAGGAGGAUGGAGGGAGUGAAGAGGAAGAGGAGGAGGAAGGAGGAGGAGGGGAAGAGCGAAGAAAAGAGGAUGGAAAGGUGCUCUUUGGCCCGCUGCCCGAGGAGUUGGCUGCCUCUGGCGCGGCUUUGAUGGAACCGCACAGGUAUAUAUCACCGGAGCGAAAGCCGGUGUCACGGCCUACCAACUCUGCCUCUUCGGCGUCUAGCUACUCCCGACCGCUGGGGCAACAGGGGGGAGGGAGGGAGGGAGGGAGCGAGGCAGGGAGAGAGGGAGGAGGCAUCCAAAUGCAGGCCCAGCCUCCAGGGUUCAAUCCCACUGAGGACGAUGACGACGUUGAGUACUCAAUCUAUAGUUUCCGGAAACCGAACCAACGUGAUGCGUUUAUUCUGGGUGAGGUGUCAUUUUACACAGCUGGGGCCGCCGGAUUGUUAGCUCUGGCAGCCAUCAAAAUCAAGACCGUGGAGUCCUCAGAGAUGGAACCGCGGUGGCUGUCUUGUCUCUUCGCCCCUCUAGGCGCAGCGUUGCGUUACGUGCUCGCUUUAGCCAUGGCGCAGCAUCCGGCCAUUGCCCAGCUCAUCAUUGCAAGCCACAGGUGGGGGUGGUGGUGACAGAUGCGCGUCUAGUAGUGCGGUGGAGGAAAGUCGGAGGAAUGAGAUUGGAAAGGAAGAGAAAUAGUAGCUGCUCUUGUCAUGAAGAGGAACAAAAUAAGAUUAGGUUCAAAAUGUACCCCAAAAAGUAUGGAGUAGAGACGCCUGGCAUGUGGAUGUGUGAUGACAACAAUGCAUUCGAAAUCAAAGCCCGGGACUGAGCUGUUAUUGCGCGAAAAAAACGCAGACACUUAGUGGGCCAAUCCAACAAAAACAAGAAGCAAGGAGAUUUGUGUCUCUUGUA